CCACACGGAAACAUCCACAGUAAUUAGUUUAGCUCUAACAUGGUUGUGUUACUGUGGACAAAACACUGUGGACAUUUGUCUUUUAGAUGCCUACACAUGAACAUGAAACUUGUCGCACUUUGGCAAAAAUCGCUGUGUUUGAAUCCAAAUAUGGCAUCUUCUGUCUGGUUUUUGUUACUCCCUAUGAGAAUCAGUCAGAGAAUGGAUUGGUACUUAUCUUGUUCACAAACUAUCUUAGUUCACUGCUGCUUCAUCAUCUUGCUGCGGUUUUGAGCUUAAAGUUUGUCAAAUCAAACAAUAUCACCACUAAGUAACACCAUUUUCUGCAGAUUUACCUCUUUUCAGGCUGUACAGAUGUUUUGCGGAGACUCGUGGUUUUUGAAUGAAGUUUGGAAUUUAACAUAAACAUCGACAGAAUUUUACUCCGUUAAAAUCUAAUAUUAGCAACUUUUUGCAUACUUUUUUCUGGUAAGAAAUGGUCACCAGCAUGCAGCCUUACUCAUUGAGCAGUAGCUCAACAGGUUGAGCGGGUUGUCCAGUAAUCGGAAGGUUGCAGGUUCGAUCCUGGCUCUGGACAGAGAAUUCUGCUGUUGUUUUCUUGGGCAAGACACUUAACCCACCUGGUAGUGGUCGGAGGGACGCCUGUGCUCGGCAGCAUCGCCUCUGUCAGUGCGCCCCAGGACAGCUGUGGCUACAUCGUAGCUCAUCACCAUCAGUGUGUGAAUGGAUUAAUGAUACACUGUAGUGCAAAGCGCUGUGGAAUCCUUACUCUGAGAGGCGCUAUACAAGUGCGGAUCAUUGAUCAUUUAACAUAACUGAAGGAGAUUCAACAUGUAUUCUGGCCUCAUGUCAUUGAGUGAUUUAUAAACUAGUAGAAGUACUUUGAAAUUGAUUCUGUAGUUUACUGGUAAUCAGUGUAGAGAUUUAAGAACAGGAGUGAUGUGUUCGGUUCUCUUGGUUCUUGUUAAGACUCUAGCAGCAGCAUUCUGAAUUAGCUGCAGUUGUUUUACUGCAUUUUUGGGAAGACCAGACAAAAGACCAUUGCAAAAAUCCAGCCUGUUGUAGAUGAAUGCAUGAGUGAGUUUCUCUAGGUGUUGUCUGGAAAUGAGACCCCUGAGUCAUGCUAUUUGAUGAAGAUGAUAAAGCGCUGAUCUAGUUAUAGCCUUAAUGUGACCAGUGAAGCUCAGGUCUGAAGCAAUUAUGACACCAAGAUUUCAACAGAAUCAUAAAUAAUUCCCGAAAAGGGGAAAACUCCUGCUUUUAGCUUUAACCAGUUACUGAGAAUUUAUUAUUUUUUCUUCUAACUGAAAGUGAUUCAUUUAUUUUUAACGUGUUUGUACGUGUGAGGGUGGUACUGUCACUGGUUUUCUGGAAUUUUGUUAGACUUUUUUUAGAUGUUUAGCUCAGGGGCCACCAGUGGAGAUGUUUUACAUGUGCUUUGAACUUGUGACGGUCACCACUGCUGCCCUGCAGAUUAAACCUGCUGAUUCAUCUUUUUUGGGUUUCUUUUUCCUGAAGAACAAACAACAACAACAACAACAAAAACACUACUUUUUGACUCCUGUAACAGUUCCUAUUUCACUUUUGUUUUUGUAACUAAAUUGUGUUCAGCUCUGACUACCAUUAAUCUUGUAAAAAAGGGAAACUUUAAUUUACGAGGUUAACUGUGUGAGUUUGCUGUAACUAUCAGAAAAGGAACAGGAUUUAGAAAUGACAUGUUGCUGUGCCAUUUCAGUCAGAAAAUUUACUCAAAUCCUGGUGGAUAAGCUCUCAGUUUUAGUUUUUUGGCCACAUCUCUUUCUGUUUUUUUUUGUAUCUAAAGGCUACCAGCAGCAAGCCCAGUCCCAGGUGGUGAAAAGAUGUCGGCUUUUUAGUUUUCACCUUAAAUCUUUCUUUUUUGACACAUUUUUACUUCCCAUAUUUCUCUCUUGGUCUAUCUCUAUCACUGUUGUACAUUCUCACCUUUACAGUAACUCCCUGCUCAGAACCGAUCAAAAGUGAGGUUUUACAUUAAAAAUCACAAAAAGUCUACCAUAUUUUCCGGACUAUAAGUGACACUUUUUUUCAUAGUCUGGCUGGUCCUGCGAAUUAUAUACCAAAGUGACUUAUGUACCAAAUUAUGUAUACUGCGCUGCUGCGGGCUGGCUCCGGCCCAGAAAUGAGCUCCCCUGCCCCGCCAUCACCUGCUGCAGCCUGUGGUGGGGUGCUGUGGGCACUCUCCCCACCCGCUGGAAGGGUUUGAAACACCGCCAUCCUCUGCUGGAGACCAUGGCGCGCUGCUGCAUCCUAAUUGUUUAUUCUGUUAUUGUUACCGGUACUUGUCUUGCAAUGUCAAAUGCUUGGUCUCAGAUUUUGUAAGAAAAAUAAUAAAAUUUCCCCCCAAAAUGCGACUUAUAGUCCAGUGCGACUUAUAUAUGUUUUUUUCUUCUUCAUUAUACAUUUUAUGGCUGGUGCAACUUAUACUCCGGAAAAUACGGCACUUACUUUUUUCUGUUGGCAUGAAUAGAAUGAACAGAAUCUCAGCUUUUCCUCCGACAAAAAUAACUGAAUUGCAAAGCUGUUAGAGAAAUUUGGACAGGAAGUUAUUGCAGAAGCAUAGAAGCAUUCCAUAUUUGUACAUCAGUCAACAAGCUCACAAAGUCAAAUAUGGAGAACAUCUGCUGCUGCAGAUCUCUGAAGAUGGUGUCGCUGUGUAAGGCUGCUCGUCUGAUGCUGACUGCCUUUUGUGUUUCUGUGACCUUUCUUGUCCUUAUCAAUCAGAAUGUGAAUGUGCUGCUGGUGUAUGAUCGGCAAACUUUAUUGGAGCUUCGAUUCAGUUUUACUGUUGGGAUUUUUCUCGGUCAUGAAGACCGUAAAACCUUACCUCCACCACUGCUGGAGAUUCUUGAGGUCCUGCAUUGAGGUCCCGUUGCGCCUCCGGGGAAAAAGAAACGUUUUAGCCGCCGUGGUAAACGCAGCAGUAGGCUGGUAAAGCUAAAGGCCUGCAUGGCACUGUCUGCUGGGACAUCUCGGUGUCUACAUGGAGGAACACACCAUAUUUUUUUUUCUCGGAGGCGGUGCUUCAUUCCCGUUUAUACCUGGCUGACACCUGUCACUGGCACGGAGACGCUGUCCCAGCUGCCACACCCCCGCUGUCAACGCUCCCUUCCUCCUCAGCUGUGGGGUGAACCUGGACAAUCUACGGCCUCUCUCCCGUCAUCCCAGAAUGUCUGACACCCCAGUCCCCUGUGUCCUGUCAGGAUUGGCCUGGUGAAUGCAAGGUCACUUGUGAACAAAAGUUUUAUUCUGAGGGAUUUCUUCAGUUCCAACGGACUUGGCCUCCUCUGCAUCACAGAGUCCUGGGUGAAAACUGGCGACGUCGGCGUCUUUUCUGAACUCACCGCUUGGUUGUGGAUAUUUUAAUUCUCUGCGGACAUCAGGUCGAGGAGGAGGAAUGGCUACAAUUUUCCAAACAACAUCCAACUGUAACCAAGUCUCCUCUUCGCUUUGAGCGGAGCAUGUUUGAACUGGGCUGCUCUCACCCAGUGUUGUGUGAACUAAUUUAUCGGCCACCUAAAUAUAAUGAUUUUUUAAAUGACUUUUCUGAAUUUCUGGCUGAAAUCAUUCCCAAAUAUGACAGAGUCCUGAUUGUUGGGGAUUUUAAUGUGCACGUAUGCUGUCCUGACAACCCAAUGGUUAAGGAUUUUUUAAACAUAAUUGACUCUUUUAACUUUACACAGUGGGUGUCUGAACCUACUCAAGUAUGUGGACACACUUUAGACCUGGUUUUAUCUCUUGGUUUGUCUGUUUCCAACAUGAUGACUGGUGAUGCUGUGUUUUCAGACCAUAAACCUGUGUUGUUUGACAUCGCUCUGCCCUGAAGCAUCCCAAAACCCUGUGCUCCUGCGCGGCGGUGCUGUAUUAUUAACCCUUCCACUGCUGCACGUAUUUUUAGCUCAUUUUACACAAACCACCUUCUCUCCUGACCUCUUAUCCGGCACAGAAGAAGUCAGUUCCUGGUUCCAUUCCACCUGUCAGUCUGUGCUGGAUAUUGUGGCUCCUUUGAAAACCAGACAGGAGAAAACAAAAACUGAACCCUGGUUAAAUGAUACUACUGGAGCUGUCAGGCGGGAGUGCAGAGAACGCAGAUAGAAAUCGGACAAGCUGCAGGUCUAAUUUCAGAUGUUAAAGGACUGCUGGUUUCGCUAUCAGGCAGCAGUUAAAAAUGCCAAAAGGAAAUUAUUUUCCUAUAUAAUUCUGUCCAAUCUUCACAAGCCUCAUGUUUUAUUCCACACUGUUGAGACCAUGCUGACUGCUGCACAGAGUGAUGGUUUAGAACCUUCUUCAGAAGCUUGUGGAAAAUGUUUAAAUUUCUUUGUGGAUAAAGUGAAUAAUAUCAGGGCACUCGUAUCACCUCCUGCUGUUGAUCCUUCAGCCUCACGCCGGGGACACACCGGCUGCCGAAGCUCUGCAAAGCACCGGGAGGCGAAGCGCUCACGGAAUUUGGCUGCUGCUCGCUGCGCCUCAGUUCAGACCAGACGCUUGUCUCUCCGCUCCGGUCGAGGCGCACCUCAGCUCAGCUUUAGUUUUUCUUUUUACCACUUGGUGUCCUCCAUUUCCUCUCUUGCCUUUUCUCUGCUCUUUUCCUCUACACCCCCCUCCCCCUUGCUGUUUGUGUGUGUUUGUCCGUGUGUGUGCGAACCUAUUGUGUGAACCAGUUGUUAAUAGCGGGCCUACGACUUUCUGCUUCUCUGGCCUGUUUGCUCCGGUUGAAAGACACCCAAAACCACACACACACACAAGUUCGCUGUGUGUGUGUGUGUUUGUCUGUUUAUGAACAUAUUUGACUAUUGCGGAAUUGUAUUUUGAAAUGCUUUAUUUUGUUAAAUUUACCAGCCUGACUCUUAUGUCUAGGUUUGACUUCCUGCCAGAAUUGACGCGGUUCACCGAAACGAUUGCUGCACUACGCGGGCUGGAGCGCCGGCGGCGCGCUGCACUUCGGCUGCCCAUGUGGCCUAUAGAAUAGGAUAACAAGGGCGCCGAAUGAAGGUGGUCCCCGUUUCGCGGCGCUUCGGCGGCCGUUGUGUCCCCGGCUCGACUUCAGGUGUGGUUCCUAGAACUCUUAAACAUGCAAUAGUGCAGCCCCGAUCAAAAGGCCUGGUUUGGAUCCCACUGUGCUCUCAAAUUUUAGGCCCAUUUCCAAGCUUCCAUUUUUAUCUAAAUCCUUGUGAAAGUUAUUAACAGCCAAGUAAAAUCUUUUUUAGAUGAUAACAAUGUUUUGGAGAUUUUUCAGUCAGGUUUUAAUUCUCUUCACAGCACGGAAUCCGCUCUGUUGAGAGAUUUUAACGGCGUCCUCCUUGCCACAGAUUCGGGAGAUUCUGUGAUUUUAGUUCUCUUAGACUUGACUGCUGCUUUCGACACAGUGGACCAUAAUAUUUUAAUGUCACGCUUGGAGCAAUGUUUUGGGAUUCGUGGCACUGCCCUGAAGUGGUUCAGACGCGCUGGUGGUGUUGAACCAUCUGACUGACCUGGGGUUCAAAAUAAAUUGGACAAAGAGCAGUUUAUUCCCCAGACAGUGCACAGAAUAUCUGGGUCUUCAGAUAAACUCUCUCUCUUAUCUUGUCUCGCUUUCAGAAGAGAGGAUGGCGUUCUUCACACAGUGUGUCGCACGUUUUCAGCUAGGAAACCGUGCCUCGUACAGACUGCCUGCGCGUUCUCGGCCUCAUGGCGUCAAUGAUUUCUGUGGUGCAACUGGGGCUUCUUAUGAUGAGAGAUGUCCAGUGGUGGGUGAGGUCGUUAAGACUGUGCUCCCGCCAUCAUCUCCACCGCAGAGUGAAAAUAACUCCCGCGUGUAUGUCGGCUCUCCAGCCUUGGAGAGACCGAACAGUUUUCACAACUGGGGUUCCGCUAGGGGCAGUGGUGUCCAGAGUUAUUGUGACGACCCUCACAGGUUAGGGGGCCGCUUUGGUGGGGAGAGCAGUGAACGGCGUUUGGUCACGCAGUUUAAAACGGGUUCACAUAAAUGUGCUGGAACUCCUAGCAGUGUUUCUUGCUUUAAAGCACUUCCUGCCCUACUUAAGGGAACAUCAUGUCUCAGUGAAGACAGACAACACCACAGUGGUAGCUUAUAUCAACCGUCAGGGCUGGGUACGCUCCCUACAGCUGCACUCACUAGCCAGGGAAAUAAUUGUGUGGUGCAGCUCCAGACUCCUCUCAGUCUGUGCAACACAUGUGGCGGGCAGCUUGAACAGAGGGGCAGACCUUCUGUCCAGAGGAAAUCCUCUUUACGGAUAAUGGAAACUCCACCUCCAGGGGGUGCACCAAAUAUGACAGAGAUUUGGUCAGACUACCGUAGAUCUCUUCACCUCAUGGGAAAGUGCCCCCUGCCCACUCUUCUUCUCCCGGUCAGACGCAGAUACACCUCCUGAAGUCGACAGAUUGGCUCACCAGUGGCCGAGAGUGCUGCUGUACGUGUUUCCUCCUCUCAGUCUGAUUUCCUCCAUUCUAAUGAGUAAGGGAGCAUGGCCUGUCUUUGAUCUUGGUGGCUCCGUUGCGGCCAUCCAAGCCGUGGGCGGCAGAAAUAAUCCAAAUGCAUUGGGACAAACUCUGGCCCCUGCCUGUCUGCAGGGAUCGUCUGUCCCAGGCCAGGGGGAGAUGUAUCACCCUCACCCAGACCGCUUGACUCUGUGGGCCUGGCCCAUGAGAGGUGGAAUCUGAGUGUGGCAGGCCUGCCCCCAAGCGUCAUUAACACCAUUCAAAACGCUAGGGCUCCCUCAACUCGAUCUCUUUACAGCUGUAAAUGGAGAGUUUUGAGGUGUGGUGUGAAGAAAAACAUAUUAUCCUGUUUCAGUGUUCGGUGUUUUUUGCAGAGUCUGAUUGACAAGGGUAAAGCUUUCUCCACUAUUAAGGUUUAUCAGGCUGCAAUUUCCGCAUGCCAUGUGGGGUUUGGUGACAAACCAGUGGGGCAACACCCGUUAGUGAGUCGCUUCAUGAAGGGUGCUCAUCGUAAGCUACCAGUCUUUAGGCCACUGGUACCACUGUGGGACCUCUCUCUUGUUAUGGAGGCCCUCUGUCAUCCUUUUGAACCUGUAGAUGGGGCUAGGUUGAAAUGUCUCUCUUUAAAAAACUGCCCUACUCUUAGCUUUAACUACAGCAAAGAGAGUGAGUGACCUUCAGGCAUGGUCAGUCAGUCCCUCUUGUUUACAGUGGGCCACUGGCUACACUAAGGUGUGUUUGCGACCCAAUCCAGCUUUUGUGCCUUAAGUAAUGGAAUCGUCUUGUAGCUGCUCCCCUGUGGAGCUGCUGGCUUUUCAUCCACCUCCUUUUUCCUCAGCAGAAGAGCAGACGCUUAAUUGUCUCUGCCCUGUUCGAGCUUUAAGGGCUUAUAUGGACAGGACUAGGGAUGGGUACCUUUGACAUUUGAAUCGAUUCGGUAUUAAUUCCCGGUACCUACGAAUCGAUACCGGUACUUAACGGUACCAAUUUUCGAUACUUUUGAGUGUUUAUUAUUUUAAUUCUCUUUUAUAAUUAAAUAUAUAUUUUUCUCAAUAUAUAACAAUAUUUGAUAUAUAUCACGAUAAAUAACAUUCAACUGUUUGUAUUUUAACAUCGUCCUUGUAGUUUUAUAAGCUGAUAAUUAAACUGAAGCAAACAUCUUUACAGUGAACUAAAUUUACUGUGUAUCUUCAUUCCUUUUGCCGUCCUUUGUCUUUGAUUUUUCCUACUGGGAAGUUAGAAUUUCCAAGGAGAAACCGAACGCACCAUUAGCUGAUAACAAUUAGCUGGUAGCAAUGGAAGCUAACAUAUCAAGCUAACAUUAUCUUAAACUGUUUAUUUAACUGCUGGAGCAGAUUAAAACAAUGAUGCCUCACACUUAGAUCGUUGUCACUGGUUUCAUCUUGACCCAAUCACCCGUCGCAUUUAGUAAAGUGAAGCCAAACUUUAGAGCGCAUUCAUGUUCUUCUGGAAUUCGGAGUUCCGAGGAGAAAGCGAACGCACCAUUAGCGAAACGGAAGCUAACAUAUCAAGCUAAUUAUAUUUACCUACCGGAGCAGAUUAAGAUGAGGAUGUCUCACUUAGAUCGUUGUCGCUGGUUUCAUCAUGACCCAGUUACCCAUCACAUUUAGUGAAGUUGACCCAAGCUUUAGCGUGCGUUUUCUACCAUGCUGCUCUGUUUACAACUGGCUCGCAGCGACCGACGACAAAACGCUCUUGCGCAUGCGCAGCUGUCUAGGCAAGUUCUCGUUAUGAAGGAUGGGUACCGAAACGAGGCACCGUUUGAAAUUACGUGAAUCGGUGCUCGGUCGGUACUAUGGAAUUCGGUCGGUACCUUAAAAAGUACCGAAUUCAGUACCCAUCCCUAGACAGGACUGCUGGUUUCAGAAAAUAAGACCAGUUUGUUUCUUGUGCCACGGCCCAUAAAGGCAAGCCUGUGUCUCGCCAGAGACCGGCACACUGGAUUGUAGAAGCAAUCAGCCUUUCAUAUAGGUGUAAGGGUGCUGAACCCCCUGUGGGAGUGAGGGCUCGUUCUACAAGGAGCAUGGCCACAUCUUGGGCCCUGUUUUCGUGGUGUCAGUCCAGGCAGCAGCUAGCUGGGCCACGCUGCUAACUUUUGUGCAGUUUUACAGGCCGUAUGUGUUUCAACCUUCACUGGCGCAUUCAGUGCUGGAGGCAGGAUGCACAGCGUCUGCCUAGUGGUUAAGCAGAAUUUUGCUGCAGCUCAUUCUGGGAUGGACAUGCAAUCCGAGAGUGGGCCGUAUCUCCCAUAGUGAAACACCGAACAAAGUUAGAAAAAGAACGUAGGGUUACGUUUUGUAAACACCGGUUCUUUGAUAACAGAGCGAGGUGUUUCACCAACAGUUCCCUUCUUGCAUUAAUGGUAAGAAAUCUUACGAAUGAGUAGGAGGGGUUGGUUAACCGUGGAUAUACUGGGUGGGCGGAGCCUGGGUAUGGCACAACCGGUCUGUCAGGAACAGGCGUGAUGUCAUUGGAGCUUCCGUAGUUGGUCACGCCAGGGCGAUUCCCAUAGUGAAACACCUCACGCUGGUAUCAAAGAACCGGGGUUUACAUAACAUAACCCUACAUUUUAUUCUGUGUGCUUAAGAGUUAGCACAGAGUUUUUCAGGAAGUUCACAACAAGGUGUUAUUUUUCCCAAAUGAUUCACCUGACCUAAAUGUAUGCUUCAACUCUUUUAAAAAAAAAUUCUGUUAAAUGCACUUUAAAUGUAUACCAGGACUGUUUCAUAAAUGCCAGUCGUCUGCACUGUACAUGGCACAUUCUGUUCACUUUCUGCUCACAGAACCUCUAGUUUAUCAUGUGUUCAACAACAGAUCCUACCAGCUUUAGUUGGUUUAUUAGCUGUAGUGAAAAACAAAGGGAGAGUACCUGGUACUUAAGGCGUUCUGUGGUGUAAAAUGAUGCUUUCGUUGGCAUUUAUUUAGCUGUUGUUAUUAAAUCCAGUGAAGAAACUUCCUUGCUGUAUGUCACACGUUUUCAUGCCGCACCAGUCUUCCAUUUACUUGAUUUGUCCUGUGCUCUUGUAAUAUUUUACCAGUAUUUUAAAUCUCUCUUUAUUGACCUGGUGCACAUCAUGUCCUGUUCAGAACCCUCUUUUGUUACCAGUGUUAUUUGAUUUUGGGACUCUUCUUGAAACGUCUUCAGGUCUUUGUUAAUUUACUCCUUUUGGAACCCCAAUAAACACCCUGAUAUUAGAAAUCCAAGUGCUGUGUUUGAUAAUAUCUUAAUGACUUGAAUGCAGCUUAUGUCACUACCCUACAGCAUAACCAAUUGUCAAUGUAUAACAGUGUUUCCCGUAGAUGUUGAUCUUGAGGUAGCAAUAGUAGCAAGGCAGGUUUCAGUACCUGACAUUGUGCAGCAUCUUCUUUUUUUAUAGCCAAAAUAAUUACACACAACUGAUGUGCUGCUCCUCUUUGGUACCAAACUUUGUGCAGAUUCUUUUGAUCCUGAGGCCAUUUUAUCACAUGCUAAAGCGCAUCAUUUUCUUCUCUCCCUGCCUUGUUUGAGGUGCUCGCAGGUCACACACAUUUCCCAGAUCUCGCGACCAGUCAAAUCGCAGCAUUUGCGAUUAGAAAAUCUCAUUUUGUCACACUGCAUUGUAUUUGCAUAUUCAAGUAAUCGUUCAGCCUUACUUUCUAAUCAUGUAUAAUAUGGAUUUGUACGUAGAGCUUUGCAAAAUAGAUGCUGAUUUGACCUGAAAGUAUGGAAUGUCCCAUCUGCAUGACCAAUUCAUAGACAUAAAAAAUGCUCUCUUUCAAAAAAGAUCGACGAAGGCCUCAGCCAGUCGUCAGUGGUCAAUAAAUUUGUCCAGUGGUCCAACUUUACCGACCACCAUGAGUUCUAAUUCAAAGAAGCCAGCCAUGUUGGCUGUGGCAGCUUGCUGGUCCAGUGUCAGAUGAUUUUAAUCAAGAGAAUAUUACACAACAUCACACCACACUAUUAUUUCAUUUAUGCUUUCAUGAGAAGGAAGAUCAACUCAGUGUGCCCUCAGUUCUGCAACAUCAGCCUUCCCUGAAGAGCAAAACCAAGCUCUCACGAGACUGCCUGAAUUUCUCUGCAGACUCACGCAAUGACCUAUCUGCGUUCUGCCCUGUGUGUGUGUGUGUGUGUGUUUAGGAGAGAGAGAUUUUGACUCGUUUGGACUUUGACAUGUUUGUGCUCCUGUCGGUUUGUGUCCUCUGUGUCAGCUGCUCAUUUGUGAUUUGCAUCAGCUUCUGUCUCCUCCCUUUUCUCAGGUGUUGUAAUUCCAGGAGGCUUUUUUUACUCUGCAGCUCUAUGCCUGUAUUUGUUUCUGUCUGAUUUUUCAAAUAGAUAUUUUUUCUAAAAACGAAAAAGCUCUCGUCCAGAUGCCAUAAAGUAAAGAGAGUCUGAUCAAUGUUAGUUUUUACAACCGUGUGUUUCUUUGGUUUACGUAAUAAAUAAUUUAAAUAGAAAUUCAUUUAUUUGCAUGUAUUGUUUAUCUCAUUAGUUAUGAAUCUUGUAAUAUGUUUGUGGUCCAUGAUGGGUACACGAUUAGCCCCUUCUCUUUAUUAUUUGUAUUUCUUUCUUCAAAUCCGGAUACGCUCCUCAGCAUUUCUGGGCUAUUGUGUUGCUGCCAGUUGUGUUUUCUCCUGAACUUGUCCUUGGGAGGUUGUUAAAUAAACAAGCACAUUUCAGACAGGUAUCAGAGCUGAGUUCUACCCAGCUUGGCACGCUGAGGGCAUUACAUAAUAGUCAUCUUUCCCCCUUUGUUUACUCUGUUUCCGUUUUCACUUUGCUGUUUUCUGAAAUCUUGGACUUCUUUCUGUUUUUUCCCCUCCCCUGAUUGUUGAUGAGCUGUGACUUUUUUAACUCUCAUCCUCGUUUCUUCCCCUCAAUCCCUCUCCUCUAUCCAGCCCUUUCCUACAGUCAUCUAUUUUUAGCUCCUCAUGUAGCUGGCAGAUGAGGCGCGUGAAGGCCUGCUAGUGUGUGUGUGGAUAGCGGGGGAGAAAGAUGGCGUGUGUGGGGGAGUGUUUGGGUCCUCAUCACGCUGCACCAAAUUUCCCUGCACGAGGCAAACUGAAGUCUUCAGAAAGUCGAGAGGGAGCGGAUGGAGACAGUGCUGAGCUAAAUCUGAAAUUAAUUACUACCCACUGAAGUGGCUAAUUUUAGAUAAUGAGUAAUUCAAUUUCAUCUUCGCAUCAUGCAUGCUAGAAAUAACUGUCAGUAAUUAUUCCAGCAAAUAUUAAUUAGACUAGUCACAGAGGUACUGAUUUGCACAUGCAUUGAAAAGCUUGCAGCUGAUUUUGCUUAGAGCAGCUUUGAAAACACGAUUUGAUCAAAUUCUUUAGGUCUGGUUUAUUGUUUAAAGCAGGUGUUCUGUGAGGUGCAGCGUGUCACAUGGACACACUGGCAAGCUUUAUUCUGUUUAUCUGUUAGUUGGAAAGUUUAUAAGGUUUCAAGUCUUUCUCUGAUAGAAUGUUUACUUUAGUAGAUCUGUGAAAAAAAUCUGACAAAUGUAGUCGUGUUGCCCCAAAUUUAUAGAUUAGAAUGUAAACACUAAGGUCUUAUUUUCGAGUACUUUUUCAUUCUUUAAAAAUAAAAUAUGUUUAUUAUGUUUAUGUUUAUUCGCUUAGCAGACGCUUUUAUCCAAAGCGACUUACAAUUUAUAACCUAUAGGGCAUGUUGUGAUCUGUGGGGGAAACCGGAGUACCCGGAGGAAACCCACGCAUGCAUGGGGAGAACACGCAACUCCACGCAGAAAGGCAGCAGCCGAGUUUUGAACCUGUGACUUUCGUGCUGCGAGGCAACAGUGCUAAACACUGCUCCACCAUGCAGCCGAAAUACCAGAAACAUUUCCUUAUUUCAACAAAAAGCCUCAGAUGAAUUUGUUUUUUUCUUGUGUGAGCGUGUGUGAUGGUUUGUGUUUUUAUAUUUAUUAAAGGUGGAGACUCAUAAAAGUUAUUUUCUUGUUUUCCCAUCAUACGUUAUUGACACAUGAUAUUGCAGUACACAUGUUUUCAACUUUGCAUUGCAUAAGUAUGUCUGUGCUGAACCAAGUGCUUCAACUGUGUAAGACUUUUAUGCAUGAGAAAGAUAGGUAGGUGCAAUUUCUACAUAUUAGUUGCAUUUUUCAGGAACAUGCUAAACUUAACUAACCUACAAAUAUAGACCAACCAUAGCAUCGCAAAAGAUUGUGCUCUGCAGGUCCAGCUGCACUCCAUUUUUCCUCAACAGGUCUACCAUUGGAUCAAACAGUUUAGUCUGGCCAAAUGACGGUGGCCUAGUGGCUUGAGUGUCUGACCUUUGACUGGGUGAUCAGGGUUCAAAACCUGGUCAGGUCAUACCAAAGACUUUAAAAAUGGAAUCCAAUGCCUCCCUGCUUGAAACCAAACUGUAGGAGUUGGAUUGGGGGUCAAACCCCCAAAUAGUUCCUGAGCGCUGCCACAACUGCAGCUCAUCACCCCCCGUGGGGAUGGAUCAAAUGCAGAGCACAAAUGUCACCACUCACCAGUGUGUGUGACAACUGAUGGGACUUUAAUUUUGAAUCUGUAUGCUGUGAUGGAGAUGAAAAACAAAGAUGGCAUCAACUUAGGAUCUGAGUUCAUUUGAAAUGGCUCUGGCAUCAACUGUGGACUAUUUAGACUUGAACUUUUCUUUGAGACAUAGGCAGGAAGAGGUGCUUAUGUCUUUUAAUUACAAAAAGGUUGUAUUUGCUUCUUGUUAAACGGUGUAUGGUGAGCUGCCCCAUUGAUUGACAUCUGUAGUGAUGAGUAUGUCACAUUGUUUGUUCCUUCGAUUGGUCCUAACGAUGUCCAAUUACAGCAGAGACUGUUUAAAAGACAACCGUAGACUCCGCUGUACGACUAGGUGGUUUCAAUGGCUUGUGGACAGACUAGAUAAUUACCUAUAUAACAUGGCUUGCCAGUCUAAAACUCAACUGCAACUAGAGAUAAACGGAUUCAGUGAAAUGUCCUACAAUUUGUGCGAUAGUUUUAAAACCUAUUUUCAAUUAAAAUUGUUUACAGAGUCCUUAUUCUUUAAAAAGCUUCAGUAAGCUCUUGAUUUCACAACAGCGGCAUAAGGUGACCUCCAGAAAGGUCAAAUCUGUAAUAUGGUAAAUGGUAAAUGACCUGUAUUUGAUAUAGCGCCUUCAAGAGGCCUUGGACUCCCCAAGGCACUUUACAGCACAAUCAGUCAUUCACCCAUUCACACACAUUCACACGCUGGUGGUGAUGAGCUACAUUGUAGCUACAGCUGCCCUGGGACUCACUGACAGAGGCAAGGCUUGCUGAACACAGGCGCCACUGGUCCCUCUGACCCCCACCAGCAGGAGAGGUGGGUUAAGUGUCUUGCCCAAGGCCACGACGACAGUGAUCGACUGAGCAGGGCUCGAACCUGCAACCUUCCAGUUACGGGGCGAGCACUUAACUCCUGUGCCACCUUCGCCACAAUAUGACUGUACUGGGCAUAAGAGACCUUAGCCCUAACCCUUUUUUAAAGAUCAUCUCUCCACAUUGACUACACAAGAAAAUAAUUUAGAAGUGUCAAAGAAAACAUAUUUUACAGAUGUGCAUCUUCUUUCUAUGUAGUUAAUGGAGAGUUAGCUAAGUGUUUAGUCUGCUGUCAUCCUUGGAAUUGGGAGUUUUUAAUCACAAUAUUAGCAAACGCAUGCUCUUAAUCGAGCAUGGCAUUUAGAGGUAAUAGCACUAAUGUAAAGUUUGCUCCGUGGCCAUUGAAACACAAAAUCACGAUUGAAGUGAUGCUGGGUGCAUCAUGUUUUCAUCCUGCCGACCACAAUAGUAAAAUUGAACACAUUUUGCUGCUAUGUUGCUGGUUCUACUGUUUGUGCAACACUUUUAGUUUGUUAAAGUACGUUUUGCACAUUCCAACACAUUCUAAAAAUAUUUAGAUAUUCCAUGUUUCAGGACUAGUUUUUUGCUGCAGCAUUUAUAUGUUGUUUCAUUCCUUCCUGCAACUUUCUUUACUUUCCAUGUGCUGUAGCCCUGGCAGAGAAACCGAGCUGCAUAAUGAUGUACUGCAUUCGUUAAUCAGCUGUUAAUUACUCAUAGACUCUGAGCCCACGAUAAAUAAUUAAAGCUGUGCUUUGAUGUUUUUGAAUCUAUCUGCUGAGCUUCUAUGUUGCUGCACAUUCUGACUAAUAAAAUCUACUAAACACAUGCAAUGAUUUUUUCACAAUAUAGACUUAAUAUCAUAAAAUAAUUAGAACUUAGAAAAUCCAAUUCAGUACUUCCACGCUGUUUGUGUUUUAUUGCUUUUUUAAUAAUGUGUGCCAAAUCAUAUGGUCAUUGUUGCAUGUAAAAAAAAUACUAUGCAAUUACAUUGUAUUGAUGGAAAAAUUUAUUCACGAUCUCAAAGGUUUUCCAAGUACUGGGUAGCUCUGCGUGUUACAAAUUUUAGCACUUUGAAACAGUUAGUUAAAAUUUGGGUUUGAUUGUUAGACACACUUUCACUGAAAAUAAUGGGGAGGUGUUGGUGGGGGGAGGAAAGAGGCAACCUCGUGUCUUUGCAGAUGAUGAUAGGUUGGAAACACAGAGAAUGGGAGUGGCCUCUGUGCUGCUGUUUCUGUAGAGAGAGGCAGACGAAGUGAGACAGUGUAUGAGAAGCAGACGGCUAAGCAGAAUAAAUGAGCACAGAGGGGUUCUUCCUGCAUCGGUAUGCCGGCCAGACUGUCACUGCUCUUCAGAACAGAAGUAACUGCUGACAUGCUUUUUGCUGCAUGUUUCUGAGCACUGCCACACACUAUCUCUGCUGAGAUAUCGCUGCAACGGACCAAGAAGAAACUGACUAAAGAGUAGGUGCAGAUGGAGAAGUGGUGACAAGGAAGACAACUGAAAGCAGAAAAGAAGAAACCGAAAAGAGCAGAAAAGAUGCCUAGUCAUUCACUCAAUAGAUGUAUGCAGCUGGCCCAACAAUGACUUUCCUGUGCAAGCUGUGACAGUGACCCUGUGGAUUACCAACUGGGAUUUCUGCAGCUGCAGCAGAUGCUGAGGACAUCUCAGCCUUCUAUAGGAAGUACUUUUUGUGCCUUUACCUGGAAACCUACCGAGGAGAAGGACCAUUCAUUUGAAUGUCAGUCAGCUUUUACCCUACUGGUGUUCUAAUUGCGUCUGCUCUGAGGAAAAUACCAGGGGACUGGAUCACCUUUAUCUGCCCUCUCCAUCUUUCCUGCCUUUAAAAUGGAGCAUUAAGGUUUUUGUUUGGACGGAAACCUGACUGAUGUUAGAGGCAGCCCGCUGUUUGACAAAAUAGAGUCUUUGGAUUUAUCGUACCCUCGAAGGGCCCCUCCUAUGUAUUACAGCCCAUGAACAUGAAUUCCACCCUGGAUCCCCUGAACCAGAGCUUUGCUGACUCGCCUACCUCUUCUGCUCCCUUCUGUUUACUAGAGAUAGGCUAUUGCCAAAUUUUCACCACCUGCCUCCUUGAAGUAUCAAUCAUACUUCUGCUGACUAUUCUCAUUAUUUGUGGUAACUUGGUGGUGAUUUUUGUGUUUCACUGUGCUCCGUUGCUCAGCCACCACACCACCAGUGCUUUCAUCCAGACUAUGGCCUACGCUGAUCUGCUGGUGGGGGUCAGCUGCCUUUUUCCCUCACUGUCUCUGCUCCACCACCUGCAAGGUCUGGACCCCAAACUCACCUGCCAGGUGUUUGGGUACAUGGUGUCUGUGUUAAAGUCCGUUUCAAUGGUGUCACUUGCCUGUGUGAGUGUGGACCGCUACAUCGCCAUCACACGCCCUCUGACCUAUUCAUCUCUUGUAACACCUUGUCGAGUGCGCUGCUGCAUCGUUCUAAUAUGGCUGUACUCGGCUCUGGUGUUUCUCCCGUGUUUCCUUGGAUGGGGGAAGCCUGGCUACCAUGGCGAUGUUGUGGAGUGGUGUGCAGUGGAGUGGAGGACUAGUCCCUCUUUUACUUCCUUCAUUGUCGCUCUGCUCUACGCCCCAGCUGCGCUAAUCGUCUGUUUCACCUAUGCCAACAUCUUUAAGAUCUGCCGACAGCACACCCGAGAAAUCAGCAAGCGUCAAGCACGAUACCGGCCCCAACAGCAGCCGGGCCCCGGAGCGAUGGCGGGAUCUUUAGGGAAGAAUGCCAGUACUGUAGAGCAAGGGCAUUGUCCUCAUUUGUCCCAAUCACACAGACUCCACCACCACCAUCCUCAGUAUCAGCAGACCACAUCAACAUACCCAGACAAGCGGUAUGCUAUGGUUUUGUUUCGCAUCACUAGUGUGUUUUACAUCCUCUGGCUGCCCUACAUCCUGUACUUUCUGCUGGAGAGCGGAGGGAUAUAUCACCACCCCGCAGCCUCGUUUCUGACCACAUGGUUGGCCAUUAGCAACAGCUUUUGUAACUGUCUCAUUUACAGCCUCUCAAACUCUGCUUUCAGGAAGGGCCUGAAGCGCCUCUGCUCCUACUGUCUACAGCGCAAUGGUGGUGGCUUUGGAGUUAGGAACUCCAAAAGGCCUUUUGUUGGUUCUGUAGAGAAGUGUUGUGCCGGGUAUGGGUAUGGAUACAGCCACGGAGACAUGAGAGCUGGUACAACGUGUCAUGUUUAGUUAAUAUUCUGAGACAAAUCUUGAGCCAGAUUUGAGCUUUCAACCAGAACGCCCUAAAGUGGCGGCUUUGAAAAGUUCCUAGUGUGUGGGGUCGCUGCUGUUUGUGCUUCAGAAAUGACCCUCUUUGGACAAGCCACAGCUGGCAAACAUGGGAACGAGAGCCAAGACCAAAGCAGUCAAGAAUGAAAAGGACUUAUUAGCCCUUCAAGGUGUGCUUUAACGGUCAUGGACUUGUGAUAUAAUGUGUGUUUGGGACUGAUGGAUCAGGCACUUUGGUAUGAAGAAGAAAAAGGUCUCGGUGUCCUCUCUGUAGGAGUAAAUUCCUUCAAGGUUAAACAAAAUGUUUAUCUGCUUGUGUUCUUCUUUCAAAAGGAAUUCUUAACUUAUUUUACCAAAACAAGAAAGUGCUUCUGUUCAACUUCUCUGUUCUCUGCAUUCUUUUGUGACCUUCAGUGUUGGAACGCUUCGUGAAAGCAUCAAAGAAACAAAACAAUCUAAUCUGCAGAUUGGCUGCUGUAAUUUACUCAGAUUGUGCUGAGGUGAUUAUCGUUUUCUGCAGCAUUAAACACUGUUUGGGUGUGUUUCUGAAUGUUGGUUUUAUUAAGUGAACAGAGUCAAAGAGAUGUUUAAACAAUGAUAGAUUCUAAUGCAUCUUUAUUAAAGACAUUUUAUGAACUUUGAGAUAAUAUGUAUUUAUUUAAGAAACAUCUUUCAUUUAGUUUUAAGUUUGCACGCUGCACCUGUUUGUAAAAUGAAGCAGCUUUGGUAUACGACUGUUAGACUGCUAGAAAGAGAUGUAUGCAUUUUUCUUUAGUGAUAUUUGAAACAUUUCAAGUUUUAUUGCACCUUUAUUUGUUUUAUGUAGCAUGAUUUAAAUGCUGAUGUCUUCAAGAUACAGAAUAUCAAAAAGAUAUUACGAUACUGAAUGUUGGUACAUCGUUGGUUUUCUUUGUUUCUUUGACUUUCAUUUCGAUGGCAAAGCCUCUUUAGAAACUGGUGAAGAAAAAGAGUCUUGUUAAAGUUUGUUAUUUACCCUAUAUGAAUGAUUUGAGCAUCAAAUGCAAACAGAACAUAGUUUAGCAGUAAGCUAACGUUAUUAAAUCGGUAAAGAGGGAAACGGCCCUGGUAACUGUGUGUGUUUGUGUGUGUGUGUGUGUGUGUGUGUGUGUGUGUGUGUGUGUGUGUGUGUGUGUGUGUGUGUGUGUGUGUGUGUGUAGGAUCUUUUUAAAUUACAAAUAAAACAACUAAGUAAAUUUUAGCUUAAGUCAUACUGAGCAGAUAUUUGUCAUAUCAUCUAAAGUUAUGUGUCAAAGAAAGUUCAUCACAUCAAAUUGGAUUUACCAUAAACAUUUUGAAUUAGAAAAUUAUUAUAAUGUUCAAUACGUUUGAAAGUUUUUUGUACAGAAUAUGUGUAAAAUGUUUCAGUAAUGCCUUAUGUGCAUGAAUGAGAAAUAUUUUUCAGUAUUUGGUUAAAGUUGCCUUGAUUUACCAAACUCUAGUAAAUUGAACUGUUUGCAGAUGUGUUUUCCCCUUAAAGCAAGUGAGGGCUCAGCUAAAGGCACAUGACUGUUUUUAGUAAGUGCUGACUGGAUUCACAGAUGCAGGGAUGGAAAAGUCCGUCAGAAAAAAUAAAGUCGCUCCACCUUUUGACAAACCUGAAGCAGAAGUUAUCUAACUGUUUUUUUAUUCAUGUUGUGUAUCUGUUCCUGUGUGAUUGAGCACAUGAGUGCAUCCAGAUCUGACCAAUGGCUUAGUGCUGACUGUUCACUGUGUUCUGGUCGCUGUACUUUGUGACUGUCGACAGAAUCACCUUGACAACUGUAAAGCUGCCAUUUGUAAAACUUUGCCAAGUAUUGUAACUUUUCCUAUUGGACCUUCUUCUGUCUCUGUCUGAAGAGGUGUGUGUUUACAGAAAUGUCAGACUGAAUGUUAGAUUAUAAAAGUACACAUUUAUGUUUUUUAAUCAGCUGAUUUCUGAGUGUUCUCUUGUGAAGUGAUACCCAUUGUGUUGUUUGGGUAGGUUUAGCAGCAUGCUUACCAGCAGAUGUGACUGUUGUCUUGUUUUGUAAAGAUUUAUUUUAUUUUUCUAAAAUAAUGCGUGUUGUGGGGUUUCUGCUGGAAACAGCGUCGUUUUAAUCUUGAGACGGCGAUGGCUUUAAAUCCGCAUUAAAUGUUAUUGCUGGAAAUGUUUUUAGCACUUUAGAAGAUAAUUGUAGGUUUGUAGAAGUUUAAAAACAAAUCGUGAUGCCAAAUGAGCUCGUUAGUGACGUAACUUAUCCAGUCUUUUCCUCCUGAAGGGGGAAACGGCCAUCUUAAGAAAAUAACAUGGGUGGGAGAUCUGGAGGAGAAAAAUAGUGUUUCUUAACGGCAAACAAAACAUUUGCACACGUAGGUUUAGUAUAAUAGCUUGAAGGCUGUAAUGAAUAAGAAAUUGACAAGUAAGGUAAAAUGUUAGCAUAAAAAAUCAAUAUUUGAAGUAAAGGUGUUUAUUUUAUUUUUAGUACAAAAUUUUAUGCUUGAGACAAUGAGAAAAUAUACAGAAAAAUAAUUAAGCUGCUGUUGUUUGGACCACCAUCGCCAUCAGGACCAGUAUUACCCAGAAUUGGUUGGUUUUGGGUCGUAAUGUCGCUCCUUGGGUUACUAAUUGCCAAAAAUGUAAUUUAUUAGCUUUAUUUUUAUAUUCAUUGUGAUUUUUAUUUAGAUAUUAUUUGUUUCACAUGGUAAUAAAUUAUAAAAAUGAUUUCUAUAAAACCAGAGGUCUUAUUUGAUUCUUACGAUAAAAGGACUCUUUCAUGGUAACCAGCAGCUGAAUGUAAGUUUAGCUGUUUGUUGAAGAACUGUUUAACGCUGUUAUCUAAGUAUUGUUUUCCUUGAAGCAGUCAAGGCCAUCUUAACAGUCAGACCUUCUCUAAACCAGCAAAAACACUGAUCCAACAUCUACUGAAACUGCCUAUUAGAACCAAGCUUUGGUCUGAAAAUGCACCUCAUUUGCAUCUGUGUGCUUUUUAAAAUGAAAUCAGACUUUAUUUGGUAAACAAUGAGGCCUUGAAACUUUUAGUUGGGAAAUUGAAGCAUUCAUAUUCAAUGAUUUGAAGAUGUCUACCUUUACAGACUGAAUGUUAAUCUGAAUGGUCAAACAUGUGUGUUUAUGAGUGAGAAUUCUGAUUACAUGAUGCUUUGUAAAAAUGUGCUUGUGGUCUAUCAGUGGUGAACAAAUAAAUGUGCAUCUUAGUGUUUUGAAA